CACAUCACCAGUGACUGUAUUUCACAGGCAACUUCUCUGCACAAGGGAUUAGUUUACAAAAAUUCUGUACAUGAUGUCUUCUGUUAUCUAGGUAAGUUAAAAAACAAGCAAUGUGUCUAGUGCUGGUUCAGUGCUGGUUUGUGCUUACAUAAGGAGACUUCACUGACAUGUGAGGCAGUGUGAAACUCUCCUCCAGACACCAUGACGAUCCUCUGCUCUGUCCUUCUGCUGCUACUUGGAUUCAACGCUGCUCAGGCACUUUACUACAGGGCACUGUGGCAGUUCAGGCGAAUGAUCAUCUGCACCAUGCCGACUAGCUGUCCAUUCCUGAACUAUGGAAACUACGGAUGCUACUGUGGCUGGGGCGGCUCAGGAACCCCUGUUGAUGACCUCGACAGAUGCUGUCAGGUCCAUGACAACUGUUAUGCCGAAGCCUUAAAGCAUAAAGCCUGCUGGCCCGUCUUCGACAACCCUUACACAGAGAUCUAUGCCUACUCUUGUGACAGAACCACUAAGAAAAUCACCUGCAAGAAAAACAACACAGUUUGUGAGAUGUUCAUUUGUGAGUGUGACCGGAAGGCCGCUGACUGCUUUGCUGUAUCUAAAUAUAAUCAGGAGCAUAAAAGACUUCCUAAAAGUCACUGCGAAAAGAAAUGAGUCAGUGUUCUUCAGGACAAUUUAAAGUGGAUGCUUUCAGAAUUCACAUUCUGGA